UUUUGUGUCAAACAAGCACCUACAUUCUAACUAGAAUAGUUUAGCAGUGACACCAACAUUAGCAGGAAAUCAACUCUUGCUCCAAAAAGUGAUACAAUACAAAACAAAUAUACAAAGAGAAAACAAUAUGAGAAGAGGGUUUCUGAUUAAUUCUCUUCCUGGAGUUUUUAUGCUAAUGUGCAAGUUCAUCAGCAUAGUUCAUGGCCAACAUUACACUGAGAAAACCGUCUCAAAUGUCAAUAGUAAUGGGAGAAAUGGCUCACUUGUAUCAGCAUUGUUUGUAUUAGGGGAUUCCUCUGUUGAUUGUGGGGACAAUACUCUAUUCUACCCUCUGCUUCACGGUCGUCUAUCUCUUCAUCCGUGUAAUGGCUCGGAUGCCACUCUUCUUCCUCAACUUAUUGCUGAGAAGAUUGGAUUGACGUCAAUCCGACCAUUUUAUGCUCAAAAUGGAUCUCUGACUCAGAUUCUUGGUGGUCUCAACUUUGGAUCAACACAAGCUACAAUCCUGAACCAGGGAAGCUUCAGCCACCAGUCUCUCAAUCAACAACUACGUCAAGUCUCCGAGAGUAUGCAGCUGCUGCAACUGCAGCUGAGCGAAAACUCUGCUAUUGAAUUUACAAAAUCAUCCAUCUUUUUCCUCUCCUUUGGCAAAGAGGAUUACAUUGAUCUAUUCUUACACAACUCUUCCAACCCAAUGUUAAACCAUGACGCUCAAUAUUAUGCUACCAUUUUGGUCAAUCAGAUGACAAAUGCAAUGAGGUAUCUGUAUGAAGCAAAUGCAAGGAAAAUCAUAUGCUUAGGAGUUUUGCCUCUGGGAUGUACACCACGUAUAGCAUGGGAGUCGAAUCAGACAUCAAAUGGAGAUGAUAUUGAUGGAAAUGGUUGUGUAGAUAAUGUCAAUGAUUGGAUAUUGGAAUACAACAGAAUUCUAGAUGAACACAUAGUCCAGCUUAAUGCAGAACUUUCUGAUGCUCAUAUAGUGUUCUGUGAUGUAUACAGCGGAAUAUUGGAGAUUAUAAACAAACCAAAAUUUUAUGGUUUUGAAGACACAGAGAGUGCAUGUUGUGGACUUGGUUUGAAUGGUGCAAUGAUAGGGUGUAUCUCUACAGAAAUGGCCUGUAAUCAAGCUUCAUCACAUGUUUGGUGGGACUUGUUCAAUCCUACUCAAGCUGUGAACUCUAUCCUAGCUGAAGCAGCUUGGUCUAACCAACCUAUACCCGAUCUUUGUCGUCCUUUAACCAUCCAUGAUUUGGUCAACACCAAAACCUAGCAUUAAACUGCUACUCAUGCGGCAUACGAUUCAUUCAUAAACAGUAAGUUCGGCAAAAUCACAGUGGUUUAUAGUGUUAAUACGAAUCUCACCGUCAGUCGAAACAUGCACUAAGAUUAUGAGAACAAUAUGGUGUUUCAAAAUAAUGCAAUAAAGAAAUAAAAGUAGCACUGCUAGGUUUCAGUGGAAAUCAUUAAUAUAUUGUAGUAUAUUACA